AUGGUUAUGGUUAUCGGUUUCGGGGACGGGGACUCUAAAAACCGGCCCGAACCCGGCCCGUUGCCAUUCCUAAUUUUAGAAGAUUGUAAAUACGCAUAUUAUGUUCACUGUCUUGCUCAUCGGUUGCAAUUGGCAUUAAUGGCCGCUUCUCAAGGAGUUGUAGCACUACAGACCGGUAGAGGUCUCAAUCAAAUUGGUACAUUACAACGAGCCGGAGAUACUAGAUGGAGUUCUCAUCUCAGAUCUGUUUCUAGCCUAAUCAAGAUGUUCAGUCCAACUUGUGAGGUUUUGCUCAAAAUUUUUGAGGAAGGAACUGGGCCAAUCAAAGGAGAUGCAGAUUUGGCAUAUGAGGCUAUGACGACAUUUGAGUUCAUAUUUAUCUUGCAUCUUGAAAGAGAAAUAAUGGAGAUCACUGAUAUACUUUGUCAAGCUUUACAAAGGAAAGAUCAAGAUAUUUUUAACUCAUUGAGGUUAGUUGCAUCUACCAAAUUGUUAUUGCAACUAAUGAAAGAUGAAAGCUGGGAUGCUUUGCUUUGCKUUGUUAAGUCAUUUUGUCAGGUACGUAACAUAGAUAUUCUCGAAUUGUCUUCUUCCUACGUUAGCAGAGGGAAUCGAGCUCUUAAUGAGCAUAGUGAUCAUACACUUGAGCAUCAUUACCGAGUGGAUAUCUUUUAUGAAGCAAUUAAUUGUCAAUUAAUGGAAUUAGAUCAUCGUUUCAGUGAUGGUUCCAUGGAGAUGCUUCAUCUUGCUUCAACUCUAGAUCCUAAAAAUGCGUACGAGACUUUUAGAAGUCUUGAUGUACGAGAACUUGUAGAGAAGUWUUAUCCUGAAGAUUUCAGUGAUCAUGAGARAAYAAUUMUGAAAAUGCAACUUCAGCAUUAUGCUAUUGAUGUCGUUCAACAUGUAGAUUAUAAGCAAUUGACAUCUCUUGCAGAAUUGGGUCAAUGGUUGGUAAGGACUAGAAGAGAAAUCACUUUUGAUCUUAUUUAUCGAUUAAUAAGUCUAUUACUUACUCUUCCAGUUUCUACCGCGACAACCGAGAGAUCGUUUUCAGCAAUGAAUAUUGUGAAAACAAGAAUACGGAAUAAAAUGGAUGAUGAGUUUCUAAAUGACUCGUUACUUUUGUUCAUCGAAAGGGAAGUAGCUGAAAAGAUUAGUUUGGAGGAAAUUGUGGAAGCGUUCAAGGUUGCGAAAGAUAGACGGGUUCCACUUUGA